AUGCCUUUUAACGAUGGCUCAGCCACAACCAGCGACAACGACAAGUCCACUGCAGGCAAUGCUGCGGCGCAGCAACCACUGCGGCCCCAUCCUCCCCCAAAUGGCGGCCUUACGGCUUGGAUCCAAGUGCUUGGAGCACAUUUUCUCUUUUUCAAUUCAUGGGGUCUCGUGAACUCCUUUGGCGUCUUUCAGACCUAUUAUCAGGAUGAUCUUCUGAAGUUGUCCAACGCUUCUGACAUCUCAUGGAUCGGAACCUUCCAGGCCUUCUUGCUUGUAGCACUUAGUGUCAUUGUAGGCCCAAUUUUUGACCGUGGCUACUCUCGAACACUCAUCAUCGUUGGUACAUUUUUCACCGUCUUCGGCACAAUGAUGCAAAGUUUGGGAACAACAUAUUAUCAGAUAUUUCUCGCACAAGGAUUAACCGUUGGCCUUGGCACUGGCUUUAUCUUUUUGCCCAGCGUGGCUAUUGUUACUACGUACUUCACAACUAAGCGAGCUCUAGCUAUUGGAAUUACUGCUUCCGGUGGCAGUUUGGGAAGCGUCAUAUAUCCUAUUGUUUUUGAGCGGCUCCAACCUAGAAUCGGCUUUCCUUGGGCUACCAGGGUUCUCGGGUUUAUUUCUCUGGCAACACUUAUAGUCAGUAUUGCGGUGAUGAGAACGCGUCUGCCUCCGCCUAAACAAGCCCGUGCAUUGCUCGAUCUACACGCUUUUCAGAGCAUUCCGUAUUCCUUUUACAGUCUUGGUCUCUUCCUGUCUUUCGCAGGUUUAUACAUACCGAUAUUCUACAUUAUUAUUUGGGCGCAGCGACAUGCAAACGUUGAUUCCACAUUAUCAUUCUAUCUUUUGGCGAUCUUAAACGCAUCUUCAAUCUUCGGAAGAAUAAUUCCCGGCCUCAUAGCUGAUAAGUAUGGGUCAUUAGAAACGGCUAUUGCCUGUACCUUGGUCGCCGGCACCCUUGGAUAUGUCGCAAUUGUUAUCAAGAACUUAGGCGGUCUCCUUGUAUUUGCCAUAUUAUACGGUUUUGUUUCUGGGGCAGUUGUCUCGCUGCCCUCUGCCAUUGUUGCUUCCCUAACACCCGAUAUGAAAUUGGUCGGCACGUGGAUGGGACAGUCAUUUUUCCUUGCGGCACUUGGUGUCUUAAUCGGUAGCCCUAUUGCUGGAACUAGUAUCAAUGUCCCCGAAAAUAAGUUCUCCGACGGAUUUAUCUUUUCUGCCACCCUUGUUAUGGCUGCUGGCGUGUCUUAUUGCCUAGCCAAGGCGCUGAAAACUAAAGAGUAG